AUGGCAGUCCCCGAGAUCUGGAGGCAUGAGAAUCCCGAGGCGACACAGAUGUGGAGGUUUCUGCAGCAUGUCAACUCCAAGUAUGGCCUGAAUAUCCAAGACUACCCGGGACUGUACAAGUGGUCCGUCGACAACAUUGCCGACUUCUGGGCCGAGGUUUGGCAUUUCACGGGCAUCAAGGCCUCAAAGCCGUUUGACCAGAUCCUGCCGCUCUCGGCACCUAUGUUCCCAAGGCCCGACUUCUUUGCCGGUGCUCGUCUCAACUUCGCCGAGAAUCUCCUCUUCCCCGGCAACGCCACCAUCGAUGAUUCGGCCACAGCUGUCAUCACGGCAACCGAAGACGAGAGCCAGCUCACCGAGACCUCGUGGGCCGAACUCAGGGAGCAGGUCCGCCGCUGCUCUAAUGCCCUGCGCGCCGCCGGGGUCAAGGAGAACAGCGUCGUGGCCGGUUUUGUCGCCAACCAUGUGCAAGCCCUGGUGGCUCUCCUGAGCGCCGCAACCGUCGGUGCCAUCUGGACGGGUAUCAGUCCAGACAGCGGCGUGAGCGCAGUGCUAGACCGCUUGGUCCAGAUCAGGCCACAAAUCCUCUUUGCCGACAAUGCAACGCUGUAUAAUGGCAAGGAAUGGUCGGGGAAGGCGAAGACGCUAGAGGUUGUUGAGAAGCUGAAGAUGUGUGGUCUUCAGCAGGUUGUGAUUAUCAAGGGCCUUGAGAAUAUUGAAACAGGGUUGGACGAGAUCCGGGCCACUGGCGUCCAGACCGAGGAGUACGACGCGUUUUUGAACGGAUCGCCGAGUUCGCCCUUGUCUUUCGCCCAGCUGCCCCCUUCCCAUCCUUUGUACGUCCUCUACUCAAGCGGCACCACUGGGCUCCCAAAGGCGAUCGUUCAUACCGCCGGCGGCACCCUUCUUCAGCACAAGAAGGAGCACUUCCUCCACUGCUCCCUGAACCCGUCCUCCCGCAUGCUUUACUAUACCACCACAUCAUGGAUGAUGCACCACUGGAGCGUGUCCGCCCUGGCCUGCGGUUCCUCACUCGUUCUUUACUCUGGUUCCCCCUUCAAGCCGCACGGCUACCUGUCCCUACCGCGUCUCCUCUCUUCCCUGCGCGUAACUCACUUCGGCACCUCGGCUGCAUACCUCACCACGCUCGAAGCGACCGACACCCGACCCAUCGCGGACCCCACCUUAGACCUCUCACCCCUCGAAGCAAUCUACUCAACCGCCUCUCCUUUACCUCCCUCGACCUUUUCCUUUGUCUACGAGGCCUUCCCGAAACGGGUUAACCUCGCCUCCAUCACAGGCGGCACCGACAUCAUCUCGUUGUUUGGCGCGCCUUGCCCUCUCCUCCCCGUGCGCGUGGGCGAGGUUCAGUGUGCGGGGCUGGGCAUGGCCAUUGAAGUGGUGGACUCGGCGUCGGCCCCAGAGGACCCGCGGCCCGUGUCCCCACCCGAUGCCCCGGGGGAGCUGGUCUGCACCAGGCCUUUUCCCUGCCAGCCGCUCACCUUCUUCGGCGCCGACGGCCAGGAACGGUACCGCGCCGCCUACUUUGAGCGGUUUCCCGGCCUGUGGCACCAUGGCGAUUUUGUGCGCAUGGUCGGCCCGGCGGGUGGCGGUGGUGGUCUGGUCAUGCUCGGCCGCAGCGACGGCGUGCUGAAGCCGGCAGGCGUGCGGUUCGGGAGUGCCGAGAUCUAUAACAUCCUGACGAGGUUCUUCGCCGCCGAGGUGGAUGACGCCGUCUGCGUCGGCCGCAGGAGAGAAGGGGACGCCGACGAGACGGUCUGUUUGUUUGUGGUCAUGGUUCAGGGUAAGGUAUUUGAUGACGGGGUGAGGAGGAGGAUUGCCGACGUGAUUCGCCGCGAGCUGAGUCCCAGGCAUGUGCCGAGGGUGAUUGAGGAGGGGAAAGGGGGCGUUCCUAAGACAAGUAACGGGAAGAAGAUAGAAGUAGCCGUUAAGCAGAUCCUCUCGGGGAUGCAGGUCAAGACCAACGCGAGCGUCGCGAACCCUGAGGCACUGGACUGGUUCAGGGAGUGGGCGAUAAGGGCCGAUGACAGGCUGCCCAAUUAG